CCUUUGUUUAGUUUGUUUUUGUUGACGUCGCCUUCUUUUUGAAGGGAGUCACGAGAAGAUUUCUCUGAACAAACAUUUUAAUUUGAUUUUAAUUUUCUGCAACAAUCAAGAAAGAGGAUUAAUAUCAGAGCGGAAGUAAAGCAAUGGGGAAUAUAUAAAUUCUCGCUAAGGAAUUGAAACAUGACCUCCGCCGCUGCUGUUCUGAACGAUGUUGGAGAGAUUUGGAUGAGGCUGUUGGACCACAAGCCUUUCUUGCGCGGAGAAGCCACUUUUUUUCUCAAAGAAUUUGAGUGCCAAAUUGGGAGCGCCUGCUGAAAUAUCUAAACAAAAUGGGAUUCUUUGAGGACAGCUGCAUCAUUUUGAUCUCCCAGAUCGGGUUCUUUGUCGGUGGCUGGGUGUUUUUCGUCAAGAAGCUCUUCCGCGACUACGAAGUGCACCAUGCGCUGGUCCAGCUGAUUUUCUCCGCCACCUUUUCCCUCUCGUGCACCCUCUUUGAACUGAUCAUCUUUGAAAUCAUCGGCUUCCUCGACCAGCGAACGCGCUACUUCCAGUGGCACUUUGUGCUCUACAUCAUCCUCUUCAUGACCAUCGUGCUGGUGCCCUUCUACAUAGGCUACUUCGUGGUCAGCAGUCUCAGUUUUGUGCGGAAACGCUGGAUCCGGACACUGACCAUCGCCAUCUGGCUCAUCUACAUGUACUUCUUCUGGAAACUCGGCGACCCCUUCCCCCUCCUCAGCCCCAGCAAGGGCAUCUUCUCCAUCGAACAGGCCAUCAGCAGGGUCGGCGUCAUCGGGGUCACCGUGAUGGCCAUGCUGUCCGGCUUUGGCGCCGUCAACUACCCGUACACCUCCAUGGCCUACUUCAUGCGCAAGGUGCAGAACUCGGACAUCCAGUCCAUCGAACGCAAACUGAUGCAGACCAUGGACAUGAUCCUGGUCAAGAAGAAGAGGAUCGCCCUGGCGUUGAGGGACAAAAAGUUAAAUCGAAAAUCCUCGUCCGGCUCCAAAAGCGGAAGCAUUUGGGGAAUGUUCAUGUCCGGCUCGAAUUCGGGCACCGAGGACAUCCUCCAGCUGAAAACCGAGGCCAAGAACCUGGAAGAACUGAGCCGGCAACUUUUCCUCGAGUCUCACAGCAUGCACAACAUGCAGGAAAGGGUGGAGUGGGCGAAAACGUGGCAGGGAAAUUACUUCAAUUUGCUUGGAUACUUUUUCUCCUUGUACUGCACAUGGAAAAUUUUCAUCUCUACCAUCAACAUAGUCUUCGACCGAGUGGGAAAAAAGGACCCGGUGACUCGGGGGCUGGAAAUCACGGUGCACUGGCUCGAGUUGGACGUGGACGUGGCUUUCUGGUCGCAACACGUGUCCUUCUUCCUGGUCGGCUGCAUCGUGGUGACCUCCAUCAGGGGCCUGUUGCUGACCCUGACCAAGUUUUUCUACGCCAUUUCCAGCAGCAAGUCGUCCAACGUGAUCGUGCUGAUUUUGGCGCAGAUCAUGGGCAUGUAUUUUGUGUCUUCGGUGCUGCUGAUGCGCAUGAACAUGCCGGCCGAGUACAGGACGAUCAUCACCCAGGUGCUGGGCGAUUUGCAGUUCAAUUUUUAUCACCGCUGGUUCGACGUCAUUUUCUUGGUCAGCGCCCUCUCCUCCUUGUGCUUUUUGUACUUUGCCCACAAGCAGUCGGCCGCGGACGAGGCCGACAGCAGCUUCCACUCGAACUGAGACAAUUUGAUUUUUGGCUGUGCAAGUGUGUAGACGCAAAUUUUCUCAGAAAACUUGUAUAGCAAAAUAAUUUUACGUAUAUCUCGCUAUCUGAGAUAAAAUUUUGUACUAAAGACUGGCUCUUGAAGCAGCACUUAAUUAUUUCCUCCUUACUUGACUCGAAGAAGCAACAAAUAUAUAAAAUGUUCAACCAGUUUCUGUAAAUAAAAAAAAGCAAUUAUAUACAAUUUUUGUUCAUUGGAAAAAAAAUAUUGUCCUAAUGUUAUAAACAAGCACUUGAGAGUGAAAUAACAAAACUGAUUUUCUUAUUGAAAGGUCUGAAAUAAUAUUAAAUUUUUUUUAUUGAGAAUAUUUAAUAAAGCAGCUUAUAA